AUGAACUUAAUGAGACAACCUAUAGGACCUGGAGUCAUAAUACGAAACUCCAAGCGUCAGAUAGUGCAAAAUAUAAAAUGUUCCAUUAAAAAGAGACAAUUUUCAACACAGCAAUCUCAAUUUCGUAGCCCAAACUUUAUAAGGGGUGGUCUUAUUGGUUUGGGAGGAAUAACCAUAACAUCUAUAUUACUCCAGUCAACGGUACUCAAUGAUAUAGCACCUAUUGAUACGACUAUUCAUGAAUUAAAGCCUGUAAAGGAUGCAGAAACGUAUGAAAAUGGUCUCUAUGAAGCAUCUCAAAGGGAAGAAAUAGAACAACAUAAUAACUAUCGCCAUGACAAGCUACACAAGGGUAAUAAAUUAAAGCGGAUAUUCUACUACAUUAAAUUCUCGAUGGAAGACUUUUUAAUUGACCCAUUAAUUACUUUUGGAAGAUUUUUAGAAUUGUCGUUCCUUUUCGUGCCAGUAUUAAUCAGUUGUCCUAUUUGCUGGUUUGGGCACAAAGAUAAAUCAACUGGGGAAAAUAUCAGAUCCGGUGCUAAGCUUUGGUAUAGAUAUUUAAGAUGGUCGGCUGAAAAGGCUGGAGCAUCAUUCAUUAAGUUAGGCCAAUGGGCUGCAUCGAGAACAGACAUCUUUUCAAAAGAAAUGUGUGAUGAAUUAAGUAAUUUACACUCAAAUGCAAAAGCUCAUUCAUUAAAGGAUACAGUCAGAAUUAUAAGUAAGAGCUUUGAAGAUUUACCAUUCGAAGAAAUAUUUGAUGAGUUUAAUGAGAAGCCAGCUGGUGUUGGAGCCAUUGCUCAAGUUUACAUUGGAAAAUUGUCUAAUAAAGCAUUGAACAAGGUCAGACAUGGUGAGGAUUUGGAAGCAAAGGUGAAUCAACCUAGCAAAGGCAAACAAUUCUUGGAUAAUAUAUUAGUAACAGAACAUGGUGAUCCAUUGACGUCCAAUCAGUUCGUUGCAAUUAAAGUUUUACAUCCUAAUGUUGAAGUCAAAAUUAAUAGAGAUUUGAGAAUAAUGAAAUUCUUCGCUAACUUGAUUAAUUUGAUUCCAACAAUGGAGUGGUUAUCGUUACCAGAUGAAGUUGAGCAAUUUUCAAUUUUAAUGAGAUUACAAUUAGAUCUUAGAAUUGAAGGUUUAAACUUAGCUAGAUUUAGAAGCAACUUUAAAAAGAGACUAGACAUACAUUUUCCUAAACCCUACUUGAAUUUUACUACUAGGGAUGUGCUUGUUGAAGAAUAUAUACAUGCCAUACCCAUGAGUAAGCUUUUAUCGUUGAGCGAUAAUUUUGGAAAGAACUUAUCAAAAGAGGUUAGUGACAAAGGCUUAGAUGCUUUCUUGAAAAUGUUGAUUCUUGAUAACUUCGUACAUGCUGAUUUGCAUCCUGGUAAUAUGAUGAUUCGUUUCUAUAAGAAUGAGUUGUUCAAGCAUGAAAGAGAAUAUAAAAUUGUGAAGUCAAGUAAUGAACAAGAAACGAAUAAAAUAACGAAUGAAUUAUUAAGCUUAGGUGAGGAUAAUGAAAAAUGGUGUAAAAAAUUAUCAGAAUUAUAUGAAGACGGCUAUCAUGCAGAAAUAUGUUUCCUAGAUGUUGGUUUGAUCACUGAAUUGAACCAUCACGACAGAAUAAACUUUAUUGAUUUAUUUAGAGCAUUAUCUGAAUUUGAUGGUUACAAAGCAGGUGAGUUGAUGGUUGAAAGAUCUAGAACUCCUGAAACUGUAAUAGAUAAAGAAAUCUUUGCAUUGAAAGUUGACAAAUUAGUUGGUACUAUGAGGGAAAGAACAUUCACAUUAGGUAACAUCAGUAUUGGAGAUUUGUUAGAUCAAGUUCUAGGCAUGGUUAGAAAUCAUCAUGUUAGAAUGGAAGGCGAUUUCAUUACUGUCAUUGUUGCCAUACUCUUAUUGGAGGGAAUUGGUAGACAAUUAUAUCCAGAUUUAGAUUUAUUUGCAAGGUUCGUAUAUGCUUUACUAUUUGGAUUCCCCACUGAAAAUGAAGUUGGUAUAUCUUUCAUUUAA